AUGGGAGAAGCCAAUGUGUCCCCCUUUUCCGACUGUGGACUGCGCUGGUGUCUCCAGCAGCUGGACAAGGAAGAGUUCCACACGUUCAAGGAGUUGCUGAUGGGAAGCGCUUCGGGGCUGGUCCCGGGCUCCUUCCCGUGGAUGGAGGUGGCUGGGGCAGAUGCGCAGCACCUGGCCUUCCUCCUGCAUGAGCACUGCCGGGCUCUGGUGGUCUGGAGCAUGGCCAUGGACAUCUUUCUCGAGAUGAACCUGCCAGUGCUCUCUCAGAAGGCGAAGGAGGAGAUGGAAAAAUGUUCACUGGCUGAAAUACUACAAGAUUUUACACCCCCGAAGACUGACCAAGGAACAAGCAUGGGCCAGCCUUCAGACCAGCAGGGCUUCCGGCCACUCACCGUGGUCCUGCACGGAACACCGGGGGUCGGGAAGUCGGCUCUGGCCAGAAGAAUCCUGCUGCACUGGGCCCGUGGGGAGCUCUACCCGGGUGUGUUCUCCUACGUCUUCUUCCUCGAUGCCCGAGACAUACCAUGGAGGAGGAGAAGCAGUUUCACGGAGUUAAUUUCCAGGGAGUGGCCAGACUCUGAGGUCCCCGUGGCAAACAUCAUGUCCCAACCAGACAGGCUCUUGUUUGUGGUCGACGGUUUUGACGACCUGGAUGUUGCCUCCGAAAAUGCUGACCUGAACGUCUGUGACAACUGGACAGAGAAGCGGCCUGUGGCCGACCUGAUGUGCAGUCUGCUGAAGAAGGCCCUGCUGCCCGAGUCCUCUCUGAUCGUCACCGUCAGAGACGAGAGCCUGGAAAAGCUCUGCUCGAUGCUCGUCUCUCCCCGCUACCUCUUCAUUGAAGGAAUCUCGAUGGAGAAAAGGAUCCAGGUGUUCCUCAAGCACGUCAAGAACGAGGACCAGAAAACGCAGGUCCUGCACUCGGUGCUGGACAACCACGUGCUGAUUGAUAGGUGCCAGGUGUCCGUCACGUGGUGGCUGCUCUGCCGGGCUCUUGAGCUACAGACGUCCUCAGGGAAGGGCCUGCCCCCUACCUGCCAGGUCCUCACGGGCUUGUACGUCACCUUCGUGGUCCAUCAGCUCGCCCCUCGAGAUGGCCCGGGAUGCUGCCUCAGUCCGGACGAACGAGUGGUGCUGAAGGGCCUGUGCCGGAUGGCCGUGCAGGGCAUGUGGGCCAGGAAGUUCGUGUUCUACAGCGAUGACCUGGGCAUUCACGGACUGACGGAGCCGGAGCUCUCCGUGCUGUUUCACAAGUACAUCCUCCUGCGGGACAGCCAGGGGGAGCGGUGCUUCACGUUCCUGCACCCGAGCCUGCAGGAGUUCUACGCGGCCCUGUACUACGUCCUGGAAGGCCUGGAAGCCGAGUGGGAGCCCCACGCUCUGUGCAUUGAGAAUUCCAAGAGUCUGAAGGAGCUCAAGCAGGUCAGCUUCAACGUCCACGUGCUGCAGAUGAAACGUUUCUUGUUUGGCUUCAUGAACAAAGAGGUGGUGCGGGCCCUGGAGGACCUGCUGGGGUGUCCCAUGGCCCUGGUGGUGAGGCGGGUGCUGCUCCAGUGGGUCUCCCUGUUGGGUCAGCAGGCCGCCACCACCUCCCCGCUGGACUUCCUGGACUCCUUCUACUGUCUCUUCGAGACCCAAGACGAAGAGUUUGUCCGUUUGGCGUUGAGCGGCUUCCGGGAAGUGAGGCUGACGGUGAACCGGCCCAUGGACCUGAACGUGUCCUCCUUCUGCCUCCAGCACUGCCGGCGCCUUCGGGAAAUUCAGAUGGAUGUCAGGGAGAUCUUCCCCGAAGAUGAGGCCACCGAGGCGUGGCCCGUCGUUCCGCAAGGGCUGCAGACCAAGCCCCUGGUCAUCGAGUGGUGGGAGAACCUCUGCUCCGUGCUCAGCACCCACCCCAGCCUGCAACAGCUGGACCUCGCGGGCAGCAUCCUGAGCGAGUGGGCCAUGAGGACCCUGUGCGUCAAGCUGAGGCAGCCAACCUGCAAAAUCCAGAAGCUGAUAUUUAAAGGCACACAGAUCACCCUGGGUCUGCCUCAUCUCUGGAAGACGCUGAUCGUCAACCAUAACAUUAAACACCUGAACUUGGACAACAUUCACCUGCAAGAGGAAGACAUCGGGGUCUUGCACGAAGCCUUAAAGCACCCCCACUGCUUGUUGGAGUCUUUGAG